UGCACUCCAGCCAAAGAUUCGUCGUCAUCCACUCAUUUCGCUCUUCAGAGUAUCUCGUUCGUACUCUUAGUGUUGGAGAAAGCUGCUUAACCUGACUGAACUAAUGCGGUGAUGAACUCAUGCCAACCAGAUCCAAGAAAUUCCUAAUGAGAUACUUCCUUCCCCUCUUUGCCAUUCCAAGUGUUCCUUGUGUUUAGGCCCAAGUCAUAACUUAUACGUGGUUGAGGAUACACCAAGCAUUAGAAAUGCACCAUUGGCGUCUUUAAAAUGGCGAUUCUUUUAUUGGGUUUAUCUACUGAAUUGGACAUGGCGGAACUCAGGAGGAAUUAGCCUGGGGAAAAACCCAACCUGCGACCCGAGUAAGGAAAAAUUCCACUUACGCCACUUGAGGCCACUUGUCUCCUUGGCCCCACGACAGUAAAAACCACAGUUUGAACGUGCCCUCCUGACUGUGUAUCCAAAAGGACGAAGGUCCCGGCAACCAUGGCUUUUGAAGGACCAAGGGUGAUGAAGGUCCCCGAACAAAGCCAUUUGUUGGUUCGAACCGCAAGAAGUUUAUCCGACGCUGAUAAAAGCUGGAUCCGCAAUGACGUGGAACAAGUUGUUGAAGGUGUUUUGACUCAUCUGGAGCAUGAAUCAAGCAAGAAAUCGCCAGCCGAUGGCGGAGAUUGCGACAAGCCAGGCAACUUUGACUCCCUCAAUCGUAAUAGGAAACGUAGCGGGCCUGCCAAUGGAUCACUGACCCGCAAUGGCCGCACGAACUUUGACUUUCUGAACCGUAACGGAAAGCGCUCCCAAUUUGAUUUCUUGAACAGAAACGGAAAGAGAUCGGACUUUGAUUUUUUGAACCGUAAUGGGAAAAGGUCAGACUUUGAUUUUUUGAACCGAAAUGGGAAAAGGUCGGACUUUGAUUUUUUGAACCGAAAUGGGAAAAGGUCGGACUUUGACUUCUUAAAUCGCAACGGAAAAAGGCCAGACUUUGAUUUUUUGAAUCGCAACGGAAAAAGGUCAGACUUUGAUUUUUUGAAUCGCAACGGAAAGAGGUCGGACUUUGAUUUCCUCAACCGCAAUGGUAGAUCUUUGGGUGGAAAUUCGUUUGACCUGCUGGCUCGAAACGGAAAAAGGUCGGACUUCGAUUUUUUGAAUCGCAAUGGUCGAUCCUCGUGGGCGUCUGACUUAAAGCGAUCCGAUUUCGACUUCCUCAAUCGCAAUGGCAAACGAGACUCCAACUUCGACUUGUUGACCCGCAACGGAAAACGGUCGUCGUCCAUGCCGAUCAUGGGCGAGGUUCUGAGCGAUCAGGAUGGUUUGGACUUUCAAGAAGCGGGGCUGUCCCUAAUGGACCCAUCCAGGAUCGAUGCCAUUAUCAAUAAUGCCAAUGCAUAAGCCAUUCGUUAGAACAGAUGUAAUCCGCUCGAUUUGUCAAGAGUCAUCAAUCAUCAUACAAAGUUUGAAGCCCUAACGAAACCGUUACCUUAUGUUUAUGCCAUCACAUUAAGGCCCCGCUCUGCCCCAAGACACUAGUUUGAAAUAUGUUAUGACAUGUACUUGCUUGCUCGUCAUUAAACGGCUGCGUGAUGUUCUCCA